AUGAACGGCACAGAGGGCCCAAACUUCUACGUGCCCAUGUCUAACAAGACAGGGGUGGUGAGGAGCCCCUUUGAGCACCCUCAGUACUACCUAGCUCCACCCUGGAAGUACUCGCUCCUCGCUGCCUACAUGAUCUUUCUCAUCAUCACAGCCUUCCCCGUCAACUUCCUUACGCUCUAUGUUACGGUGCAGCACAAGAAGCUACGGACCCCCUUGAACUACAUCCUGUUGAAUCUGGCUGUGGCUGACCUCUUCAUGGUGGUGGGAGGCUUCACUGUGACUCUGGCAACAGCCCUACAGGGAUACUUCUUCCUGGGAGUCACCGGCUGUAACGUUGAAGGAUUCUUUGCCACUAUGGGAGGGGAGAUCGCCCUUUGGUCUCUGGUGGUAUUGGCCAUCGAGCGCUAUAUCGUGGUGUGUAAACCAAUGACCAACUUCCGCUUCAAUGAGAGGCACGCCAUUGUGGGCGUGGCCUUCACCUGGAUCAUGUCUCUCACCUGUGCUCUACCUCCAUUGUGUGGCUGGUCCAGGUACAUCCCAGAGGGCAUGCAGUGUUCCUGUGGGAUUGACUACUACACCCCGACGCCUGAGCUGGGAAACACCUCCUUUGUCAUCUACAUGUUCACCCUCCACUUCUCCAUCCCUCUGGUCAUCAUCGGCUUCUGCUACGGCCGUCUGCUCUGCACCGUCCGCGCGGCGGCAGCCCUGCAGCAGGAGUCAGAGACCACUCAGAGGGCAGAGAAGGAAGUGACCCGUAUGGUGAUCGUCAUGGUCAUCUCGUAUCUGGUGUGCUGGAUGCCCUAUGCCACUGUGGCCUGGUACAUCUUUGCCAAUCAGGGCACCAACUUUGGCCCUGUCAUGAUGACCAUCCCAGCCUUCUUUGCCAAGAGUGCUGCCCUCUACAACCCAAUAAUCUACAUUCUACUCAACAGACAGUUCAGGAACUGCAUGUUGACCAUAGUGUGUUGCGGGAAGAACCCAUUCGGUGAGGAGGAGACCUCCACCGCCUCCUCCAAAACACAGGCCUCCUCCAUCUCCGCCAGCCAGGUGGCUCCUGCCUGACCUACGACCCAUAAAGCCUGACUCCUUACCUGUCCCAGCCCAUCUGUGGACCCACCGCCAAGCAGCAGCCUCCGAUAGGCCAAUUUUCUC